AUGCCAGCAUUACCCCCUCAGACAUGCACCAGAGAGUAUACAUCCUCAUAUGUAGCCACCCCGUCAUGUGCGUACACACAGGUCUUGGUACCGGAUAUCGUCUUCUACGACAACCAGCAACACACACAGAUCAUGUCGGAGAUGCUCAAAGACUAUCAGUUGGGUGAGCACAUACUGCUUGUGGGCAAUCAGGGAGUGGGCAAGAACAAGGUCGUCGACCGGUUUCUGCAG